AUGCUUUACAAUAUUAUUAUUAUUAUUUUCUCUGUUAAUUAUGUUGUUUACACAUUAAGAUGUCAUGGAGAUGCCACAUGUCGCUUUAUUAUUAGUUUUAAUGAAUCAUUUCCACCAGAACAUCUCUGGCCUAAAGAUUGUCGUUUCAAUAUAAAGGAAACCGAUGUAAAACAAUGCAGCUGUUAUUUUGAAGUCGAUUAUGAAACACAAACAACUGAGAUUAGGUUAGAGGCUGAUCUUUAUAUGUACCAUCUGUAUAAUUCUCUUGGAACAAAAUCACCUAUAACUACAGUGGCCCUUUCUAAUUAUUUCCAUCAGAAUAAGCGGGUAUCGAAGUUCACUGUUUCAUCCCGUUGUUACACAUCAACUUUUUGUAUUAUCGAUGAAAUUGAUUAUCUUCUUCAAGUAUUCAGUACUAGGACAAGUCGUUCCUUAAAUGUCUGGGAUGAAAUCGAUAAUUUAUUGUUUCAAUUUUCGCCAGCCACUGCACUUAUUUCAUGUUUUAAUAGUCAAAACAAUACAUCUUCUCAAUGUUCCGGAUCGAAACAUCAUAAUUGUUUAGCAACACUACCACAAUGGAACUCAUCUGUAGACGCCAGAUGUGAUGCAGUGCCAACAGCAGAUGAUGUAAAAUUAAAAAUCCGUUCAUCAUAUAUUCACGAAUUAACUAAACUUCAUGAAGUAGAACGCUAUUGGACAAUUUUAUGCAAUCAAAGUAAUUGUAAUUCAAAAGAAGUCUAUACAAAAGUUAUCGAUUUGUCUUAUCAAUUUAUCUAUGGCCCAUCCAAAGAUAUAAUUCCAUUAGUGAACCGAUGUAGUCGAAAUCAAUUCUUUGUAUUAAUAUUCAUUAUUACAUUCCUAAUCUGA